AUGAGGACAAGUCGUGCUGUGCUGGCGUCGGUUCGGACGAUUAGGUCGCUGGUGGAGAGUCCCAGGUUGGGCGAAGAUGCCACCGUGAACGGAUGGGUGCGAUCGGUGAGACGGAUGAAGAAAGUGGCAUUUGCAGAUAUCGGCGACGGAACGUCUGCUGACACAUUAGCAGUGGUGCUCACGCCGGAGCAGAGCAAACAACUCAGCACCGGGGCCUGUGUACAGCUUUCGGGAAAGCUGAGUGAAUCCCCUGGAAACCAGAAAUUCGAGCUGCAAGUGGCAGAACCAGUUCCAGGGAAACCCGACCCAGUUAAGGUGCUGGGUCCUGCCGACCAAUCGUAUCCAUUACAGAAAAAAUUCCACACAGCUGAGUAUUUACGGACGAUUCCGUCGUUUCGUUGGAAGACUCUUGGCAAUUCAAGUGUAUUGAGAUACAGAUCAUAUGCUCAAUCGCGUAUUGCCAGAUAUUUCGAGUCAGCAGGAUUCACACAAGUCAGUUCACCCAUUAUCACAUCUUCAGAUUGUGAGGGUGCUGGUGAAGUGUUCACGAUCAAUUCCGGCGAACCAGACAAGAAUCAGAAACAACCAUACUUCUUUGGUGACAAACCGGCAUACCUCAGUGUAUCCAGUCAAUUGCAUUUAGAAGUGUAUGCAGCUGCUCUGUCACGAGUAUGGAACAUGGCACCAGCAUUUCGUGCCGAGAAAAGCGAUACCAACCGCCAUUUGAGCGAAUUCUGGAUGGUAGAGGCCGAGCUGGCAUUCACAGAGUCGUUAAAAGAUGUCAUGACAGUGGCCGAACAAAUGAUUCGUGCCGCUGUGCCUGAUAGUGCCAUGGCCAUUGAUAUAAUCCAAUCCAACAAACAGAGCAGCUCAACGAAACAAGAAACCCUCAAACAGCGAUGGCAAAUGUUAUCACAGCCGAAACCAUGGGCUCGUGUGACAUAUACCGAAGCCGUGGAAUUAUUACGGAAAGAAUUUCCUUCAUUGAAGUGGGGAGACUCGCUGUCAUCAGAACAGGAAAAGCAUCUGGCAGCACAUAUUAUCCAAGGACCAGUUUUCGUAACCGAUUAUCCAAUGCAUCAGAAACCUUUUUACAUGAAAAAGAAUGCUGUAUCUGACGAAACAAAGGCAACAGUUGCCUGUUUCGACCUGCUUGUCCCAGAAAUGGGCGAGCUCAUAGGAGGAAGUCUGCGUGAAGACGACCACCAGACUCUUUUAUCGGCCAUGAACGACAAUAACAUGAACCCGGAUGACCUUGAAUGGUACCUGGACCUCCGCAAAUACGGCAGUUUUCCCCAUGGCGGCUACGGAAUGGGUUUCGAACGUCUGGUAUGCUUUGUCUGCGGAGUCGAGAACAUCCGCGAGGCCAUCGGCUUCCCUCGAUGGGCUGGCAGCUGUGUCUGCUAG